CAAGAAGCGCUGCUUAUUCUUCAAAAAGGAUUUUUUUGCGCAUCUCUGCUCUCCAGUAAUCAGUACCUUCUACCUCCCAGUCAAGUCGGUGGCGGUUUUAGUCCACGCGUGCUAUCCGCGUGCAAUUAUUCACGCGCGACUACCAUCAAGAAACUAUUCGAUGCUGGUCUGUAUUUCAAAGCUGAUAGAUACCCGGGAUGGAUACGAUCAAAAGUCAAAACUGAAGUAAGAAGCUGUACCAGCUGUGGUUUGCGCGCGCGCGCUUAUCUCGGUCGAAACCACGCGCCUUUCUAAUUGGUCAGCGGUUUCAAGUGGAAAAAUAUGCCUAAUUAAUAAGAUUCACGUGCGUAUAUCGAGAAGUGAUAUGAAGUCCUGUGAAAAUCCGUUUAGUUAUAGCUAAAUAACCUUUUAUUCUUCAAUCGCGGCAAAUCAGUCCCUUAGCUGGGUAUCAAGUCUACCCUUUGUUGUCAUGAGGAACUCAUCGUCUCAAUUUAAACGAGCUUAUUCGCUAAAAGACGGCGAAAUGAACGGUGUUCAUGGCGAGUCUCCUCUGCACAAUUUUGUGAAAGCCAAGCAGAAGAUUAACUCCACUUUUGGUGACAUUGGGAAGUAUCUUGAGAACUGUAAUAACUUUCUGGCGGAUUGCAAAAUAUCUGAUGAUAAUAACGAAGAAAUCAAGAAGUUUUCUACUGAGGUUUCAGGCUAUUUAGCACAGGUCUCAGGUAUCUCUGAGGUGUUAGCAAGAGACCAGAUGAAAGUUGCUUUCUUUGGGCGUACAAGUAAUGGAAAGAGUACUGCAGUGAAUGCUAUGCUACAAGACAAGAUCUUACCAAUGGGCAUUGGUCAUACAACAAACUGUUUUCUGAGUGUUCAUGGCUCUGAUUUACCAGACCCUUAUAUUUUAAUUCCAGAGAGUAAUGAGAAAAAGAAUGUCAAGUCUUUAUCUCAACUUGCUCAUGCUCUGUGUGAUGAAAAGCUUGACCACAGCAGUCUUGUUCAAGUCUUCUGGCCAAAAUCAAGAUGCAAAAUGCUGUCUGAAGAUGUUGUUCUGGUUGACAGUCCUGGUAUUGAUGUCAGUCCAGAUCUUGAUUUGUGGAUUGACAAACAUUGCUUAGAUGCUGAUGUGUUUGUAUUGGUUGCUAAUGCCGAGUCUACACUCAUGGUCACGGAGAAGAAUUUCUUCCACAAAGUCAACCAACGUCUUUCACGACCAAACAUCUUCAUCCUGAACAACAGAUGGGAUGCGUCUGCCUCAGAACCUGACACAAUGGAGCUAGUCAAAAAUCAGCACCUGAGUAGGAACAUCAGCUUCCUUGCUGAUGAGCUUAAGUGUGUGGACAGAGCUCAAGCCGAGGACAGAGUGUUUUUCGUGUCUGCCAAAGAAAAUAUAAUGACAAGAAUGCAGAAACACCAGGGAAUGCCUCAAGGAGGUGGUGCCAUUCAUGUUGAAGGAUUCCCUGCUCGUCAGUUGGAGUUUGAGAACUUUGAACGUAAAUUUGAGGAGUGUAUUUCUAAGUCAGCCAUCCAGACCAAGUUUGAAUCUCAUGCAGUCAGUGGGAUGAAAAUCACUAACAUGGUGAAAGUCCUUAUGGAGCAGAUUGUUGGCUGUGCCUUUCAGCAAAGAACAAAACUGGAGAAGGCUAAGAAAGAACAGGAAAACCGACUGGAGUAUGUGAAGGAACAACUGGAGAUCUGCAGUCAUGAUUCCAAGAGACAGAUCAAGGAAAUUACAGCUAAAGUGGAAGCACAGGUAACUGAAGCCAUGACAGAAGAGAUUGGUCGAUUGGGAUUACUAGUGAAUGAAUUUGAUCAUCCUUUUCACCCUCAUCCUGGUUUCCUUAGAACAUACAAAAAGGAGCUUUACAGUCACCUGGAGAGAGGUCUGGGAAGGAAUAUGACAGCUCGUUGCUCUAAUUCUCAAACUCAAGUCAUUUGUGAUGCACAGAGGGACAUGGCAGAUCGUCUCCGUGGUCUUCUCCCACCAGAAUCACCUGAGGUAUCACUUGAACCAGGAACCCCAGCUCUUGAUUUCCAAGCAAGCUACAAAUUGGAUGUCCCAAGUUUGUGCACUGACUUCCAGGAAGACAUAGAGUUUCAUUUCACACUGGGCUGGCAGGCGAUUUUAAGGAAGUUUUUGGCACCUCAUAAUGCUGGUCUGGCCAUUGCUUUGGGAGCUAAUAUUCAGAGAAACGUCCAGAGUCUAGUGCCAACUGCCCAGCACAAUGCUCAAUCGUAUUCUACAGAGGGAAGGCCCAGGGCGAGUACCCAAACCAGUUCGUCACGUGACGUUAUGACACGUUAUGAGGGUGAUGACGUCACUUUAGCCGUCAUACAAGGGCUUGCUUCACUGACGUCACGCACGGGUACACUGGUGGUCAUAGUCGGUGGCUUGAUCUGGAAGACCGUGGGCUGGAAGUUUAUCGCCCUGUGUGGCGGUCUGUACAGUGGUGUGUAUGUGAUCGAGAGACUGCGCUGGACCAACAAUGCUAAAGAGAAAACCUUCAAGCGUCAGUUUGUGGAAUAUGCCACUGAAAAGCUUCAGUUGGUGGUCAGCUUUACAAGUGCCAACUGCAGUAUACAAGUACAACAAGAAUUAACGUCGACCUUCGUGAAGCUUAAGUCGCUGGUACAGAGAGCAAAAGAGACUCUUGAAGAAAAUAUCAUUGAACUGUACAAAGAAAUCACUAGACUUGAAAAGAUCGAAAACGAUGCCAAAAUAUUAAGGAACAAAGCAAGUUGGUUUGAAAGCGAGUUGACUCAGUUUGUGGCGGAGUUUGGUUUGGAAAAGAGCAAGAUGUGAAGUGCUGUUGUGGUGAAAACUGCACCAACAUCUCGUCAUGUCUGACUUCUAGACACAGCUGAACGGUAAACGGGAAGUGUUUGGCUUGCAAAACGACAAUUCAAGACAUCUUUGAUUCCCGUUAAAGUGAUGUUAAUCCCUGCGGCCAGCUACACGGAUGAUAAUGCAGAGUGGAUGUAGACAAAGACGAUGAUGCUGUCGUGCUAACACUUCUGUUGAAGUGGCUCAGUUGUUUUGUUUCUUCUGCAAAAAGACGGGUUGUAUAUAACAUAUUUGUAAUACAAAAAGAGCUAUAAAUACACCACUGUUAGCAAACUGCAAUUUCCACGAGGUGAACGACAUUUCCACAACCUAAUGAAAUCCCUGCGAGAAAAAAAUGUAUCUAAUUAUAAAAAUAAAACGAAGGCUAUAUACCUGAUCGAGGAAUGUAAGGAGAAGUUUUAUUCUUGUUAUUUUGAGCUAUUGUUUGCAACUUGAAAUAUGUUUUUAUCGUCUUUGAAGUAUGUGAGAUUUAGGUUUGAAUUACCUGAAAGUACUAGUUAUUUAAGGUUGUUACGGGGACAAGGGUAUUUAUUGACAACUGUCAGUUCGGUGAGAUCUCCCCGCCAGACACGACCUAUGUAAGAAAAUUAUCCGUGGGUACUUUAAUAUCUCUGCCUUCAAGACUUACUGUAAUCCGUGUGGGAAAGUUCGCUAAUGUAUUGCACAGUGUAGAUAGUAUACUAGGAAAUUGAGUGUCUUAUUAUCGCUAUUCAAGCUCGGAAUAGACCAUAUUCAUUUCCAAGCUCAUUGAAAGUUUUACUAUUUCAGUACAUUACCGAGAAAACAGGAGAAGAGAAUAAAGGAAACUAUCGAAGAUGAGCCUUAUAAUGGUUCUCAGAAUUAAUGUGGAAAGAAUGUAGCUUGGACACUUAACACUGAGAAGUUGAAAACUUUGGAUUAAAAUUAAGAGUCUUAAUCGUACUUCGAAGUCGUUUGUUGUUACUGGUGAAGGGGUUGCCUUACUUUCAACAGCGAUCUACAUCUUGUAACCCAGCCAAAUGUGUGCGUAAACAAUAUUCCCUUGGUAGAAAGAGUUGUGAAUGGCACUUUUGUCUCUUACGUAAAUAAAGAAUAAUGUUCAAAUUA